CCUGAUACGUUGAUUGGCUAACGCUCGACGCUAGAACGCUCCCAUGUAUUGGCAACUUUAGGGAUUGGAAAUUUACUCAAUGAAAAUUGCGGAAUGCUCGUGAUUGGUUCCGCUCCGCUAUUCCGCUGCAUGGGUUUGCACCCUAACUGUUGAGUUUUUCAAAGUUGGUAGAAAUGGGCAUUAGAGACCCUUUUCGUACGACCUCUUUAUCACUGUAUGUUCCAUGCCGCAAGGAUCUACCAUUAUAGAUUCCUUGUCGAGACCUGUCGGGACGCUAUUUUCCGAGACGGAAAUAGUGUACAGUGUUAUUUUCCUACUGAGCAAGACAUCAUUUUUCUAAACUGAGUCAUCGUGGAUUAAUGACAAAUAUGAGCGAUAGAUCGAGCAACGGUGAUUACAAGUAUCAGAGAGAUGAGGACGAAAAUAAGUCUAGACUGCCGUUGGACAAGGAGCAAGACAGCAAGGAGCAUCAGAUAGACAAAGCUGGUGAGCUCGUGCGCGAGCUGCUUCAGGAGAAGAUCGAGAUCAACCAGAAAUGGCCCAACGCGACCCGGCUACUCGACCAAGAGAUCCAGAAGAUACAAGCUAUCGGUAAGCCGCUGAGAGAAUCGAAAUACGUAGAUAUUUAUCGCGAGAAACCAGUUCGCAUCUCUGUCAAGGUUCUGGUACCUGUUCGUGAACAUCCCAAGUUCAAUUUUGUUGGGAAAUUGCUGGGUCCAAAAGGUAAUUCUAUGAAACGUUUGCAAGAAGAAACUAUGUGCAAGAUGGCAGUACUAGGUAGAGGGUCAAUGAGAGACAGACAAAAGGAAGAGGAAUGUCGUAUUUCCUUGGAUCCCAAGUACGCACAUCUCACUGACGACUUGCAUGUGGAGAUCACUGCACUGGCACCACCAGCUGAAGCCUACGCCCGCAUCGCUUUCGCACUUGCUGAGGUGCGAAAAUACUUGAUUCCGGACAACAAUGAUAAUAUACGUCAGGAGCAAAUGCGAGAGAUGGAGAUGACCAUGUCCGACGAGCCAGGCACAGAAGAACGAAGACCGUCUAUAAGGGGACCUUCGACUCCUGCUACUAGCGGCAUAUUAAGACCUACUACCAGGCCGACGUUACCUAGGACGUCUAGAGCUAUUCUUCCUCCGCCACCUACAAAUCGUGGACCGCUUUCUCGAGGGCCACCUGUGCCACCUAAGACGAAAGUAUUUUCCAUUUUAGAUCGCGCGAGAGCUGCAAUGGACCAGAGUUACGGCUAUGAAGCUGCAACUCCCCCGCCGAGCAAUCGCGUUGGAUCGCAUCAUGAUUAUGAUUACCAUGGAAGUUCGACCAGCACUACUCGAUAUGGAGAUCGACAUUAUUCAUCGAGCUCUGGAUACACGACUUAUGAAUACGAUGAUGAAUCCGGGCCGCACUCUUCGCAUGAUUAUUACGAAUCUUCAGAUUAUCCAGAGGAGUCAUCGAGCCGCGCAUGGAAAUCAUACAAGACUACAACGACGUCAGGCACAGCCUCGCGCUACCGCACCGCCCCGUAUACUCGACCUUCCAAUGCUAAUCCGUUGGCGAAUAAUCCUCCUAAUGCACGGCGGCCUAUGAUGCCUACGAUGCAGAAACCGAUAAAUGAAAGAAAUCGUCCGUAAACUGUCGAAGAAGUACAGGGUUUAACACGAUUUAAAUGAUUUCUCGCGGACACUGGAUAAAGGAUUCCGUAAAUAGAAAGUAAUUCGUCAUAAUUAAAAUAAUAAUAACAAAGUUCAUUAUAACAGAUCUUUGAUAAUUAAUACGAUACGUGAGUGGAUAAAACACAAUUAAAAUAAGCAGCAAAUUGCUGUAUUGUUCCGUAAUUUUCGCUGUAGUUACUAAAGGAAUUGAUAAAAGUUGGAAAAUACGACAAGACGAUGGGAGAAGUACUGUAGACAGAGACAACAUUGAUAAAUGGAUAAUUUGAUUUUUUUAUUAAAUUUUGUCGUAUAUCUUAUUCAGCUCGAUCAAAUAUUCGAAGAAAUGAAAUACACUUCUAAGAUGAUUCUCUCUACGAUCUUGGAUUUGUGUAAUUUGUAUGUAUUGUGCAUUUGUAUGAUUUAUGCAUAGGUAAGAAACAUUGUUUAGAAUUGAGUUCGCAAUUGCAUUGCUAGAGCCUACAAUGCUUCUUCCAUUUCAUUGAUUGUUUUUUUAAAUUAAUAAUUACUUUUUAAUAAUUAUUACAUAAAUCGUAAAACGAUAUCUACUCACGAUAUCCAAUAUCUCAGUAUACUGUAUUAUCAGUUACUGUGUAAUAGUAGUAAUAAUAACUGGUAAUAAUAGUAAUUACUAGGCGCGGCUAACCACGCAUAAAAGUUUGUUUCGUUGAAAAUCUUUUUAAUCGAUUUGGACUCCCGCCCCAUUAGCGGUAUCAAUAGUCAAAUUACUAAGUUACAAUAAUUAAUUUUCUACGAAAGCAUUAACCUCAUCUCCGAAAUCCUCUUCCUGAAAAUUUCUGACUACAAAAGGAUUAAACUGUUGAAAAGGAGUAAAGGAUCAAGAGGAUCGAUGGGAUAAAAUAUGUAAAAUGUUGGCAUAAGCGAUUAAUGUCGGGUAAAUGUGAAAUAACAGCUAUGAGAUUGCAUUAUAUUCGUAUUUGAUUACGUUUAAUAUUCGUAUUUGAUUAUGUUUAAUAAUCACAUAUAUAGGUUACAUAUAUUUCCAAAAUCAUAGAAUAAUAAAAGUGUAUCUAAUUUCUUUGAACAUUUUGAUCGAGCUAAAUAAGAUACGCAAUAAAAUUUUAUGAAAUCUCCGAUCAAAUUACCCACUUAUCUAUGUUUGUAAAGAAGCGUAUAGCUUUCAAAAAGAAACUCUUCUGCGUUGAAACAUUUAAUAAAAUACUAUUACAUCAUAUAAAUGAAAUAAAACUAAAUAAGUAAAAUGACUUAUAUGCAAUGCAAAUUAAGUUUAUAAAUUGAUUAUAAAUUAAUGGUAUAAGUUUAUGACAGUCACUUAAUACAGUGCUAUAUUGUUUGUUUAUACAUAUAAUAUACGUAUUCCCAUCCGUAAAAUGCAUAAUAUAUAGAUUUACGCGUAAAGAAUAAAUAUCAAUCGUGCUGUGUAGAGUACUUUUGGAUUCAUGACAAAUCAGUGCUUUAACUGAUAAUUCCGAAUACGUAAACAAAAACACAUUGUAUGUGAUUUCUAAACGAGUCUAUCGUUAAAAUAAUAAUACGUUCAUUCUGUACACGUUUGUAACUAUCAUAAAUUGAAAUAAAUAUGACGUAAUAACAGAAAGAA